CGCAGGCGCAGGCGGCGGCGGGCCGGGCAGGGGGAGCCGCCGGGAGGGCCCGGCCCCGCGGCCGGCGGUGAGCGGCGGCGAGGGGUCCCUCUGGCUUGUGAUCACCAUGGCUGCAGUGGAUCGUUUCUACCUCCUGUACAGAGAGAUCAGCCGCUCCUGCAGUUUUUACGUAGAGGCCUUGGCUAUAGUUGGAGCUUGGUACGCGGUCAGGAAGUGUGUCUCUCUUGCGUUCAACACUUACAGCAUGCUGAGGGUGCAUGUAAUUCCAAAGCUGGGCGGCGAGAUUGAUCUUGUCAAGCGGUACGGAAAGUGGGCCGUGGUCACUGGUAGCACAGACGGUAUUGGGAAGGCGUAUGCUGAAGAACUGGCAAAACGUGGCGUCAACAUCAUCUUAAUCAGCCGAAACAAAGCGAAGCUGGAGGCUGUAUCUAGAAGCAUAUCUGAAACCUAUAAAGUGGAAACAGACUUCAUAGUAGCUGACUUCAGCAAGGGGCGUGAGCCUUACCCAGCCAUUAAGGAGGCUCUGAAAGACAGAGAAAUUGGCAUUUUGGUGAAUAAUGUAGGAAUGUUUUAUUCUUACCCGGACUAUUUUACCAACCUGCCUGAGGAUAUGCUGUGGGACAUGAUCAACAUUAAUAUUGCUUCUGCUAACAUGAUGGUGCAUAUUGUGCUGCCAGGCAUGGUAGAGAAGAAGAAAGGGGCAAUUGUGAAUGUUUCUUCUGCAUCCUGUUGUCAGCCAACACCAAUGUUCACCAUCUAUGGAGCCUCUAAAACCUACUUGGACUAUUUCAGUAGAGCACUACAUUAUGAGUAUGCCUCAAAAGGAAUCUUUGUUCAGAGUUUAACCCCGUUUAUAAUUGCUACAAAAAUGGUAGCAUGCAGCAGCAUUACAUCAGAGAGAUCUUUCUUUUUUCCUUCUGCUGAAGAAUAUGCAAGUCAUGCUGUUUCUACUCUUGGGAUAUCCACAAGGACUACUGGAUACUGGAAGCAUGCAAUAAAGUUCACGUUGGGUGAGCGCCUACCUGAAUGGAUCUGGGCAUGGUUUGCAAUGUAUUUUUGCAGAAUUAUACGGAAGGAAGCUUUAACACACAAAGCGAAAUAGGAAUAUCUAGACGUCCUGUGUAACGAGUGCUAUAUUCUGAUCAGAGUGCUGCAAAAAUGUUUAGUGAACCUCGCCGGACUUACUGUAACUUAUCCAUAUCUUGCUCAACAAGCUACGUGUAACCUUAGACAUCAGAAGUCUGGAUCCUCUCUGUAUCCUCGUAUUAAAUAGCUCCUCCUCUGCUUUCCUCCACGCCAAAGAGUUGACCUUGUUGAGGUUAAUCUCUGUUCACUUUCUCUUUGAGGUAAUUGGGCAGGAGCAGGUAUAGUUUUAAUUCUGAUAGUAAAUUGUUUCGUGCAUAGUGCUACAUGAUGUCAACUCGUAAAAUUGACAGAAUUUGAGAAUUCUCCAAAUUUGUCAGAAAUGGGGCCCCCAAAAAUGAUGCUGUUCACAAAGAGAAUUACAGUCAACUGUAUUGUCUUUAUUAUGUAGUUUUGCAUAACUUUUCUGGUCUUUUAACAGCAGAUGUUCUGUAUGUUCUAAGUGCAAAUGUUGUUGCUUUCGAAUGAUGUUACUUAAGGAACUUCUCAAAAUUAAGGUGUAUGACAACACAGACUGGGAGGUUGUUUAAAUGACUGAAGAGGUCUUACAGAGCUGUAAAGGAAUUUGGAGAUAAGCUUAUAAGUUUUCAUAUUCCAAGUGGGAAUGAUCUUGAUAAUACUUGAGAUAUUGCUUCAUGAGUCUGAAAUAUGGCUGCAGAAAUUGAAUAAAGAAUGUAAAAACACAUUAGCUAAAGAAAAAUAGUGAAGAAGUAAUAUUUUGAUUUUAAAGUACUCUUUGGUUACCUAAGAUGAUAAUAAACCUUAUUGAAGUUUU